AUGGAAGGGUCGUCUAAAAUCCUCGAGGUAAUGCCAAAGCCAAAAGUAUUGAUACCAUAUCAACACGCACUUGACGUCGCUGACCACAUACCAGAGUGGGAUCAAUUGUCACAAGUCGUAGAAUUUGUCAAGUACAAGAUUACAGAUGUCGAUGAAUUCAAAAGAUAUCUAGCUGAGUCAUCCAUCCAAGGAUUUUGGAUCACAGAUGAACUUUUCUCAGCAGUCGGUAGUCCUUCUGAGCUAUGGGAUUACUACCCUGAGACUUUGAAAGUUAUGGUUAUUCCCUGGGUAGGCCACGACUUCAUAGAUGGCCGUAGGCUUAGAGAUGAAAAGGGCGUUGUACUAUGCAAUAUUGGUCCCAAUGCUGGCUCAAGCGUUGCGGAUUUGGCUGUUCACUUAACGCUAAGUUGUUUCCGAUUGACUUCGUUUUGGGAACAUUGUUUGAAAUUUGCAGUCAAUGGUAGAGUAUUGGAAUCUAGAAAAUAUUUGGGCAGUGAUUCAACUGAAUUAUGGCAGUCUGAGCAAGGUCCAACUAAUGACGGGGGUACUCGUGGUGUAACUGAAUUCCAAUAUCCAAAAGUAGCAGAGAUCAGUGAUGAUAAAAAUCUGUCAAGACAGUUUACCGUUGGAAAUAAGAUUGUUGAUACGCCAUCAGGUAAAACUGCGCUGAUCUUGGGAUUUGGUAAUAUUGGACAGUCAAUUGGUAAAAGAUUGGUAUGCGGAUUUGAUAUGAAAGUCAAGUAUACCAAGAGAUCUGGUCCAUUACCAAGGGAACUGUUAGGAUACGAUGCAGAGUUCUGUUCCGACUUGAAAGAUGCGAAAGUUUGGAGCGACGUCGAUUUAAUAGUCUUAUCAUUACCAGGUAACCCCCAUACUGACAAUUUGAUCAAUUCUGAGGUUUUGGAAAAAUGUAAAGACGGGGUUAGAAUUGUUAACGUUGGUAGAGGCUCAUGUAUUGAUGAAGAUGCAUUAGUGGAAGCUUUAAAUUCUGGUAAAGUUAAUAGCUGCGGUCUGGAUGUUUUCAAGGAUGAAAUGACUCAAGUGAGGCCGGAUCUGCUGAUGAGGUUUGACGUUACUGCAUUACCUCAUAUAGGGAGUACUGUAGAAACCCUGAUGAUUCGUCAAACAGCUGUUACUCUGCAAAAUGUGGAAAGUGUGUUGGUUAAAGGUGAAGGUGGUAUCUUUCCGGUGAACUGA